CUAUCCUUUGAAACUUUAAUAGACAGGAAAAACAUUCCAAAGAAUGAAAAACUGUAUUACCUUAGAAAGUAUAUAGGAGGUGCUGCAAAGAAAGCAGUAGAAGGAUUCUUCCUGUUAGGCACCGAAGCAGCAUAUGACUCUGCCUGGCAGCUGUUAGAAAAACGUUUUGGAGACCCAUUUAUUAUUGGGAAGUCCUUCAGAGACAAGCUACAUGGAUGGCCAAAGAUAAGCUCUAAAGAUGGCAGCGAACUAAGAGAAUUUGCAGACUUCCUUAAGAGCUGUGAGGCUGCAAUGCCCCACAUUAAGACAUUAGAAGUACUGAAUGACUGCAACGAGAGUCAACAAAUAUUGAUGAAACUGCCAGAUUGGUUGGUAUCCGGCUGGAACCGAAAAGCAAUGGAGGCAAAUGGUGGUUACCCACCAUUCAAAGUGUUUGUAGAUUUCAUAUCAAAGGAAGCAGAUCUCGCAUGUGAUCCCAUAUCCUCGAUACAAGCUAUCAGGAGUGUCGAAAGUGAAAAAACAAAGAAUCCAAGAAGCCAAACUAUUCAAGCAAAGACACUGUCCACAAACACAACACAAAGUAGCAUCCCAACAUGCAUCUUCUGCAAAGGAACAGGACAUGUCCUCCCAAAGUGUAGAAAGUUUGUAGAAAAGACAGUUGAAGAUCGCAUCAAGUUUGUGUAUGCAGAAAGGCUAUGCUUUGGAUGUUUGCAUACUGGUCAUCAGUCAAAGGCGUGCAAUGACAAAAGCACAUGUGAAAAGUGUCAGAGGAGACAUCCAACGUGUUUGCAUGACGACAAGUUCAAAGGCAAAAUGUCAACAACCUUUUAAUGGAGACGACAUCUCAAAGGACAAAACAGACACCAAAGAAAUCGCUGCAACCACCAACAGAGUCAUACAAGAAGGCCCAAGCACACAAACGUCCGCAAUCAUACCAGUCUGGGUCUCAUCCACAAAACAGCCAGAACAAGAAGUUCUUGUCUACGCACUCUUGGACACACAGAGUGACACGACUUUCAUUCUAGAUGAAGUGGCCCAAAAUCUUGACACAAACAAAGAAAAUGUUCGUUUGCGGCUAUCUACAAUGUCAACAAAGUCAACAGUCAUACCCUGUCAGAAACUGACAGAACUUCAAGUGAGGGGAUACGACCUGGAAAAAAUGAUUCCUUUGCCACCUCUUUUCACAAGAGAGUUCAUUCCAGUUGACAGGUCACACAUUCCUACCUCAGAGACAGCUCUAAAAUGGCCACAUUUGGAACAGUUGGCAGACAAGAUUCCACCACCAUUGGAUUGCGAAGUAGGUCUUUUAAUCGGAUAUAACUGUCAGCAAGCCCUUCUUCCAAGAGAGAUCUUAUCCGGUAAAGACAAUUAUCCAUAUGCACAGCGGACGGAUCUUGGCUGGAGUAUCGUCGGUUGCUCGAAUCCAGCAAAGGAUUACUGUGACACAAUAGGAACUAGUCACAGAAUCGUAGUGCGACAAGUAACACCUGCUGUCCAGCCAGCAAUUCAGCUGAAGAGAGAAGUACACUUUGUGUGCAGAACUCAAGUCAAAGAGAUCCAUCCAACAGACAUACUCAAGGUUCUCGAGUCGGAUUUCACUGAACACACUACAGAUGAUAACCAAGUGUCUCAGGAGGACCUUCUCUUCUUGUCUAAAGUGAAGGAAGGUAUCCGCCAAAGAGAAGACGGCCACUAUGAACUCCCUCUUCCCUUCAAAUCGGAUAACCCUCAUCUCCCUGACAAUAAACGAUCUGCAGUUCACAGACUGAUCUCAUUGGAAAGACGACUAAGGAGAAAUGAACAGUAUUACAAGGAUUACGUUCAUUUCAUGAAUGACAUAAUAACCAGAGGCGAUGCUGAGAAGGUUCCAGAGUCUGAACUCAACAACCAAAUAUCAUGGUACAUUCCGCACCACGGAGUCUACCACCCCCACAAACCCGGAAAAAUCCGUGUGGUUUUUGAUUGUUCAGCACGUUUCCAAGAAACCUCUCUAAACGAUCAUCUCUUGACUGGUCCCGACCUGACAAACACGCUCAUUGGAGUGUUAUGUAGAUUUAGAAAGGGUCCGGUAGCCAUAAUGUGCGAUGUUGAACGGAUGUUCCACCAAUUUCAUGUCACAAAGGAACAUCAAAACUACCUAAGGUUUCUCUGGUGGGACAAAGGCGACCUGGACUCAAAACCUUCAGUAUAUAGGAUGAGAGUGCACCUGUUUGGAGCAGCGUCAUCCCCUGGCUGUUCCAACUUUGGAUUCAAACACCUGGCAUCCCAGGGUCAUGGGAAGUUCAGUGAAGAGUCCAUCAAGUUUAUACAGAGAAGCUUCUAUGUGGACGAUGGCCUAAUAAGUGUAAGGUCACCGGCUGAAGCCAUCUGUCUUGUUGAAGAGUCAAGAGCCUUGUGCAGAACAGGAAAUCUUCAUCUUCACAAGUUCGUAUCCAACGACAAAGAGGUGAUUGCCGCAAUACCACCUGAAGAACUUGCCAAAAACAAGGAUCUAGACUUAACUCUUGGAGAACUUCAUAUUGAGCGAGCACUUGGAGUUCAGUGGUGUGUUGAAGCAGAUGAAUUCCAAUUCAGAGUUGUGGUUAAGGAAAAUCCACUGACAAGGAGGGGAGUUCUCUCAACCGUUGCCUCUCUCUUUGAUCCUCUUGGAUUUGUGGCCCCCUUUGUGCUCCUCGGAAAACAAAUCCUUCAGACUCUAUGUCGGGACAGAAUGAGCUGGGACGAAGCUCUCCCUGCUCAUAUCCUGCCACAAUGGGAGUCAUGGCUUAGAGGUUUAUCUCACUUGGCAACCCUAAAAAUUCCAAGAUGUUAUCUUCCAUCAAGCUUUGGCGAGGUCAAACAAUAUGAACUGCACAACUUUUCAGAUGCAAGUACCAACGGCUACGGUGCAUGCUCUUACCUCAGAGCUAUAAGCAAAACAGGUCAGAUCAAUUGCUCACUCAUCAUGGGGAAGGCAAGAGUAGCCCCUACCAAACUAACGACUAUCCCAAGACUUGAGUUGUCGUCAGCUGUGACUUCAGUACGCAAUGGUGAUGUCAUCAAACGCGAGCUGGAGAUUGAAAACCUGCAAGAAUAUUACUGGACUGACUCAAAGGUAGUCCUUGGUUACUUGAACAACGAUGCCAAGAGGUUCCACACGUUUGUUGCCAACCGUAUCCAGCGCAUAAGAUCUAGCACCAACCCUGAACAAUGGCGACAUGUUAGCUCUGAAAAUAACCCAGCCGACUACGCCUCAAGGGGGCUGAGCGCAGUUCAGCUCAAAGAGUCUAACUGGCUAAAAGGACCUGACUUUCUUUUCCAGCUGAACCUUCCAUGUGAAGAGAAGGUGAGAGCAGUGGAAACAGACGAUCCUGAACUUCGCAAAGUUCAUGUUCACACAGGAAGAAAAUUCACUGUUGAACCGCUUCUCUAAGUUUUUUGACUGGUUCAGGACAGUGAGAGCUGUCGCAAGACUCAAGAGAUUUGUCAGAGAAUCCAGGAGACUUCAGCCAAGAACUAAUGAAGCAACUAACCUUGCAGAAAGAAGAGAAGCAGAAAUCUUUAUUAUCAAGCUGGUGCAAGAAGAGGCCUUCACCGAAGAAAUUAAAACAGUUCAGCUUCAAAAGGGAAGCACCUUGAACAAGCACAACAAGCUACACCUGUUGAAUGCCUUCCUGGACAAGAACAAUGUUCUUAGGGUGGGAGGACGGCUAUCUCAAUCAGCCUUACAUCAUGACAUAAAACAUCCUGCAAUACUUCCGAAGAAAGCUCAUGUGUCCACCUUGCUCGUCAAACAUCAUCAUGAGCGUGUACAUCCCCAAGGAAGAGGCAUGACAAUGAAUGAGGUACGUGCGAAUGGAAUAUGGAUCCUGGGAUGUGGAAAUGUAGUUUCAUCACACAUCUACAAGUGUGUAAAAUGUAGGAAAUACAGAAGAACCACAGAGACUCAACAAAUGGCCGAUCUGCCAGAGGACAGAACCGAGACAUCCCCUCCGUUUACUUACUGCGGUAUAGAUUGUUUUGGUCCCUUUAUUGUGAAGGAAGGAAGAAAGGAGGUAAAACGAUAUGGAUUGUUGUUUACCUGCCUAUGCUCCAGAGCGGUGCAUAUAGAGACGCUAGACGAUUUGACGACAGAUGCCUUCAUGAAUGCACUUCGAACAAUGGUAGCAAUCAGAGGACCUGUGCGCCAAUUACGAUGAGACCAAGGAACAAACUUCAUUGGUGCCAAGAGGGAGUUUUCUGAGUUGCUCAAAGGAAUGGAUCAGGAACGUCAACGAGCAAUUGGUUGCGAAUUUGUAAUGAAUGUUCCUUCAGCAAGCCAUAUGGGAGGAGUCUGGGAACGCCAAAUCAGAACGAUUCGAAGCAUUCUGACAGUCAUGUUAGACAAGUCUGCAAGCAGACUAGACACCACAACUCUGAGAACAUUCCUUUACGAAACAAUGGCAAUAAUUAACAGCAGGCCGUUAAGUGUUGAACACCUCCACGAUCCUACUGGUCCAGAGCCUCUCACUCCCAACCACAUAAUAACCAUGAAGUCAUCAGUUAUUCUGCCCCCUCCUGGAGAGUUCUGUAAAGAAGACCUCUAUCUGCGCAAGAGAUGGAGAAGAGUGCAGUUCUUAGCCAAUGAGUUCUGGCGAAGAUGGAAACGAGAAUACCUGCUAAACCUCCAACAGCGGCAGAAAUGGCCAAAGGCAUCACAAAAUUCACAAGUAGAUGACAUUGUCAUUCUGCGAGACGACAACCUACCAAGAAAUGAGUGGAAGCUCGCCAGAGUUGUAGAAACUCACCCUGGAACAGACGGCUUGGUGCGAAAGCUAAAGUUACUAGUCAGUAACACUACACUUGAUAAAGGAAAACCACACACUAGACUAGUCUACCUCGAAAGACCUAUUCAUAAGGUAGUCACCUUACUUCAGGCCACUUAAGUCCCAUACAUGAGAGUAUAGUCAUACACACUGAAAACACUUGACUGUUUCUUUGCAUUUUGUUUGAACGAAAUCCCACAUUUGAGUUAAUGAGUGAUUUGGUGGGAGUGUAAAUGACGUAACGAAGUUGCCUUAAUUAAAAGGAGUAACACGGAGUUCUCACGGCGUAACGGAAGAGGGAAGGCUACAGGAUGAAAACUCCCAAGAAAUAAACGCCCGUUUUAAAGAACCGACCUGUGUCUGUGUCGUGAAAAGAGCUACACUUACCUUAAUUUCCGAGGAAAGAAACGGCGAGGUCGAUUGUAAUACUAACUGGUGUGUUAGCAUUAACAGUCUUCUUGCGAAGCAGAAGAGUAGCCGGUGAGCGCCC